ACAUCGGUCUCCUCCUUACCUAAGCCGCGAGCUGUGUUAAAAAGUCAAUCAUUAAAUUAGCAUGAAAAUGCCAUCAAACAGUGCAUCUCUUGUGUCUGUGCUGCUUGUUUAUCUUUCCUUUGGAUACUGUCAUGCAAACGUCUUUAAGAUAGGUGCAAUUUUUGAAGAAGUGAAAAGUGGAGAUGGAGCACUUAUGCUAAAAGAGGCGUUUACCACGGCAAUAAGUGAUAUCAACAACUCUGAGGAUUAUGACUUCAAGUUUCUGCCGAUCAUAGAAAUCAUAGGCGACAAUCCUUAUGAGGCCAUGAACACUACUUGCACCCUCUUAGAAAAAGGAGUAAUAGCAAUUUUCGGUCCCUCCCUAGAAGACAGCUCAAACGUGGUUCAGUCCAUUACCGACGCGAAAGAAAUACCGCACAUUGAGGUGAGGUGGGAUGAUCAUCCUCAAAACGGCACAAUAGUUAAUAUUCAUCCUUAUCCCGAUGUUUUAACUAGAACUUACUUGGAUAUAAUCGAGGCGUGGGGAUGGAGGGAUUUUGUAAUUUUAUAUGAAAACAAUGAAAGCUUACAAAGGGUUGGAGAACUUUUGAAGAUGUUUAACCCGUCAAAACAUAGGAUUGUUGUAAGGCAACUUAAAGAUGAGUUCAGAACCGUUCUGAAGGAGCUGUGGAGAUCUGGAGCAACACAUUUCGUGUUAGAUUGUACCACUGAUAUACUGCCAGAAGUUCUCAACAAAGCACAACAAGUAGGUCUGAUGACCAACAAAGAGCACUACAUUAUAACUAAUCUCGAUUUUCACACACUUGAGUUAACGCAAUAUCGAUACAGUGAAACCAACAUUACCGGGAUGCUUUUUGUUGACCCUGAUGACAAAAGAUUAAUAAAAGCAGCAGCUAAGAUUUAUAAUAUGGAAGAAGGGAUGGAGUUUGCAGCCGGAUGGAAGCUUCGUUUGGAAGAAGCCCUACUGUACGACGCAGUCAAAAUGUUCGCAAUAGCUGUCAAAGAGGCACCACAGCUCAAAGAAUACCCCGUCGAUGUAAGCUGUCAUAAUAACCAGAUGUUUUCAGAAGGAACGACUAUAAUAAAUUACAUGAAAAACUUCGAUUAUACAGGCCUUACAGGAAGAAUAAAUAAAUUCGACAAUGAAGGUUUCCGCAAAAAUUUUGCGUUGGAUGUAAUAGAACUUAUGGAGGGAGGGAUAACCAAAGUUGGUGUUUGGAAUUAUUCGAGCCAUGUGCAACCUCUAACCAUUACAAGAAUAGUUAACGAAUCUACGGAAGAUUUCAGUGAUAUCCGCAAUCGUACAUUCAUCGUUGCUAUCACUUUGACACCACCGUAUGGCAUGGAGAAAGAAUCCACUGAAAAUUUGCAAGGGAACGAUCGUUACGAGGGCUUUGCAGUGGAUCUCAUUCAGGCGCUGGCAGCAAUGAGGGGUUUUAAUUAUACUAUUGUGGUAAAGGAUGGAAAGGUUGGAAAAUUCAACAACGCCACUGGAAAGUAUACGGGCCUUAUAGGAGAUUUACAUGACAGGAAAAUUGAUUUGGUCGUAACAGAUCUCACCAUUACUUAUGAAAGGGAAGAAGCUGUUGAUUUUACGUCCCCAUUUAUGAUGUUAGGCAUAAGCAUUCUGUAUCAGAAACCGACAAAAGCACCGCCUGGCUUCUUCUCUUUCGCUGAUCCUUUUGCUUUCGAAGUGUGGAGAUUGCUGGUGCUGGCCUGUGUCGGAGUUUCUUUUGUCCUAUUCGUGGUUGGGAGGAUAUCGUCUUCAGAAUGGGAAAAUCCCUAUCCAUGUAUUGAGGAACCAGAGUAUUUAGUUAACCAACUCGACUUGAGGAACUGCGCCUGGUUUGUGACUGGUUCCAUUAUGCAGCAAGGAUCAGAAAUUGAGUUAAAAUCUGUAGCUACUAGAAUGGUUGCAGGAAUGUGGUGGUUCUUCACUUUGUUGAUGGUUUCGAGCUAUACCGCGAAUUUGGCUGCUUUUUUAACCACGGAAAGCCCAGAUCCUCAUUUUAACAACCUUAGAGAACUCGUAAAUAACGCAGAAGAAAAGGGCAUCAAAUACGGAGCUAAAUUAGAUGGAGCCACAGCAAACUUUAUCAGGGACAAAGCUGAUUCGGACAAAGAUUACGCUAAAGCCUGGGAAUUUAUAAAAAAACAUGACGAUGUACUGGUUAACGAAACUAAAGAUGGCGUUGACAGGGCUGCAACAGAAAAAUACGCAUUCUUCAUGGAAAGCAGUUCUAUUGAGUAUGAGAUUCAAAGAAGAUGUAAUUUAAAUCAAGUAAAUGGUCUACUGGAUGAAAAAGGAUAUGGCAUUGCUAUGAGGAAAAAUGAAAGCUACAGAAACAGUUUAAGCACUGGUAUUUUAAUAUUACAAAAUUCUGGAAAAUUAGAAGAAAUUAAAAGGACGUGGUGGGAGCAAAGGAAAGGUGGAGGACAAUGUUUGGACAAAAGCAGUGAUGCGGAAGCCACCUCACUGAAUCUAGUAAACGUUGGUGGUGUCUUCGGCGUAACAAUAGCCGGCACCAUUUUAGCUCUCUUUAUGGCCAUGCUGGAAACCGUCCUGCAUGCGGGCAAAAAAUCAGUCAAAACCAAAACCCCAUUCGGAACCGUUCUAAUGCAAGAAAUCAAGUUUUACUUUAGGUUUAGCGAAGUGGUGAAACCGGUAUACCAAGGUAACUCCUUAGGGGGCAGCAACCAAAGCCACAAGUUUCAGUCUGAAGAGAAAGAAUUGCCCUACAACCUGGUGAAUAAACAGAUCAGCGUCGAGACACUGGAGAGUUACACAAACAGCCACAAAAGCAAAGGAACUAAAAAGGAACUGAAACCGUAUAGUAAACAAAUGAGUAUCAAUACUUGUUAAAUUUAAUGGCUUUUAGAUACCAAAAUGUACAGUAGAGCAAACAAAAUGAAUACUGUAAUAUAGUUUUUGUUAAUU